AUGGUCAUUAUUCUACUUGGUCUUUUUCUGUCACAAAUAUUUAUCAAAAGAGCUGAUCAAACUCAAACGCAAACAAAUAUUAUAUUUGAACAACCACAAGGUAUAAUUAUUGAUAUUGACGAAUUAUCUGAAGUUCAACAGGGACCAGGUAUAACUGUUAUAUCGAAUGAUGUAAUCGAAGGUAUAUCUCAUCGUCAUUAUCAUUUAACGAAAAAAACUGUAUCAGUCAUUGAUCAAGAUGCUCAAAUCAAUCAUAUGAAUAAUAAAAAAACAACAAUAAAACAAAUACAUGCUAAUAGCAAUUUAGCAAUACCAACUAAAACUGGCAGUGAUGCAAUAUCAUCAGAUACAAGUAUCGUAGAUCCACUUACAGACAAGAUUACAUUGGAAUAUUAA